AUGUCACUUAGAGGUAUAGCCAAGAUAGUAAACUCUCGACUGAAAGUCGAAGGAACGGGGGCAAAAGUUCAUAGAUCAUUAGGCAUAUAUCAACAACGAAAGUUCAAUCCAUUUUUAUUAUUUGAUCAUUUUUCAAGCUCUGGAAAUUCAGGGUUCCCAGCCCAUCCCCACAAAGGUCAUGAAACCAUCACAUAUGUUUUGCAAGGAGCAAUUGCCCAUGAAGAUUUUACUGGAGCUAAGGGAAUAUUAUACCAAGGAGACUUACAGUUUAUGACUGCUGGUAAAGGGAUUAUGCAUUCUGAAAUGCCCAUAACCACCAAAGAUGGACUCCCGACUACUGCUUUGCAAUUAUGGGUUGAUUUACCUAAAGAUAAACGUGAUAUGAAACCACGUUAUAGAGAUUUGAGGGAAUGGGAAGUUCCUAAUGUAACUGCUGAUAAAGGAAAAGUAUCCGUGAAUGUUAUAUCUGGGAAAAGUUAUGGUGUCGAAUCGAUAAAAGAAUUAGCAUACAUACCAAUUGACUAUUUUCAUUUUAAAGUAAAAUCAGGUGGUCAGUUUAAACAAGAUUUGAAGCCAGAUUUUAAUUAUUUCUUGUAUGUAAUCAGGGGAAAUACACUUGAGUUAAACGGUGAUACUAAAAUUGAACAAUUCCAGAAUGCUUAUUUUGAAGAAUCCGGUGAUUACAUAACUGGAAGAAACAAUAGUGAAACCAAUGAAGAAGUCGAGUUUGCAUUAAUUGGGGGAAAGAGGCUUGAUCAAGAGGCAUAUGUGUUUGGUACAUUCGUUGCUGAUUCUGAUGAAAAUGUCAAACAAGGAUUAUUGGAUUACAAAAACACAACCAACGGGUUUGAACGAGUGAAGACCUGGAAAUCAGUAAUCAGUGGAGGGAUUACACAAGAAAUUAUUGAUGGUCCUCUACAAGGAAGUUUGCAAGCUCGUGACGCCCAGAAGAAACAAUACUUGAAAUCUUUGGAAAAAGAAACUAUACCUGUAUAA